AUGACAACCAGCGUGGCAGAACCCAAGAGCGCCACGCACGAAGAUGAUGCGACGACAUGGGCUUCGGUGAUCGAUCCAGAGCUUCUGGACACUGGCAGCGCACCUAUCGACAUUCCCCGACCUCGCACUCCUUUUCGCGCAACAGAGAUGAUCCAGUGGGAGCACAUCUAUCCCAAUUCAUGGGAAACCAGCAGCAGCACGUCAACCGAGCGUCAAACUGUCAUAUGGCAUGGCGAAAAAGAAGCGACGGAAGAUGUUGAUGUUGCCAAAAGCCCGGAAACAAAGAGCGCCGACAUCGAUUAUCUGUUUGAGAGUGAGGAUGACAAGCGACACACAUCGAAGAAAUCAUACCGCGCCCCACCUGAUGUGGAAUACAUACCACUUAGCCCGGAACGCACCUCACCUUGGGACUUGGGUCAAGAUCUGUGGCGAAGAAAUCAGCCAAAAUUUCCGAUCGAGCCUGACUUGCCAGCCGUUCUCAUCGACGAAUAUCUGCCAGGACAAAAUGACCUGAUGAGCGGCGCAGUCGAUCCUCGCGACGAUAAGGUAACCCUCAUGGCUUUUCCCGAGGACAGCGUGACGAGCGAUUUUGAGGAUAACCUUGCCGCUGGGCUGUUUCGGAUGCCCUUCAAGAUCAUCAAUCGGAGGGAUAUUCGCCGGCUGGAUCUCCCCUUUGACGACCCGCACUCUCUACGCGUUCUACCUCCGGAUUUCCUCACCACUUACCUUGGACUCAGUCGCGCGAUCGAGGAGGUUUGUGGACGGGGUAGCUGGACGGAUGAAAAGCUGAUUGACGCGAUCGCAAAACGUGGUGGAAUGUCAGGAAAGAGAGUUGUCUAUCCAGAGGAUAUCGUCCCAUACGUGAGAAAGGGUGAGAUCAAACCUGACAGCGGUGAUGACGAAUCUGACGAUGGAGGGAAAGGUGAUCCUUAUGAUAAGGAGUAUUGGAAGGAGAUGCAGUUACAGGGUGAGAUCUGGGAUGAGAUUGAAGUGCCUUGA